UCCUCCCAAAUGACUUAAUGGAUGAAGAAGUUGGAAAACUCUUGUCUGUGGAUCUAUAUGGGUUUUUUGGUAAUCAAUGUAAAACCAUCAGAUCCCAUUCCAAACAACUAACUCAACCUUCUCUCUGGUUUAGUUUCAUUGGUAGGUUAUUCAAUCUUCUGCAAAUCUGAAUUCUGUAAGUUCCUUAACAUACUUUUUGUUUUUUAUUUUUUGCCAAGGUCACAAUGGUUUCCAUUCCUGAAUACUAUGAAGGAAAAAACAUCCUCCUGACAGGAGCUACAGGCUUUGUGGGAAAAGUGCUUUUGGAAAAGCUGCUCAGAUCCUGUCCUAAAGUGAAAGCAGUGUAUGUGCUGGUAAGAAAAAAAGCAAGGCAGACACCUGAAGCACGAAUAGAAGAAAUUACCAGCUGUAAGCUCUUUGACAGGUUGAGAGAAGAGCAACCACAGUUCAAAGAAAAAAUAAUAGUAGUUGAGAGUGAACUUACACAGCCUGAACUGGAUCUUAGUGAACCAAUCAAGGAAGAAUUUAUAGAAUGCAUUAAUAUUAUAUUUCAUUGUGCUGCUACAGUCAGAUUCAAUGAAACUCUAAGGGAUGCUGUGCAGUUAAAUGUGGUUGCCACACAGCAGCUCCUGUCCUUGGCACAGCAAAUGAAGAAUCUGGAGGUGUUCAUGCACGUUUCCACUGCCUAUGCAUACUGCAAUCGGAAACAGAUUGAGGAAGUCGUGUACCCACCUCCUGUGGAUCCCAAGAAGCUGAUAGAUUCCCUUGAGUGGAUGGAUGAUGACCUAGUGAAUGAUAUUACUCCUAAGCUGUUAGGCAAGAGACCUAAUACUUACACGUACACGAAAGCCUUAGCUGAAUCCGUGGUGCAGCAGGAAGGUGCAAAGUUGAACAUUGCCAUUGUAAGGCCGUCCAUCAUUGGUGCCAGCUGGAAGGAGCCUUUUCCUGGCUGGAUUGAUAACUUCAAUGGACCUAGUGGUAUCUUCAUUGCUGCAGGAAAAGGAAUUCUUCGAACAAUGAGAGCUUCCAACAAUGCAGUAGCAGAUCUUGUCCCAAUAGAUGUUGUUGUCAAUACAACACUCGCUGCAGCCUGGUAUUCUGCAAUUAACAGACCAAGAAAAGUCAUGGUGUAUAACUGUACAACAGGUGGCACCAAUCCUUUCCACUGGAGUGAAGUUGAAUACCAUGUAAUUUCCACUUUCAAGAGGAACCCUCUCGAGCAGGCCUUCAGACGGCCCAAUGUAAAUCUAACUUCCAAUCACCUUUUAUAUCAUUACUGGAUUGCUGUCAGCCAUAAGGCCCCAGCAUUCCUGUAUGAUACCUACCUCAGGAUUACUGGAAGAAGCCCAAGGAUGAUGAAGACAAUAACACGUCUUCAUAAGUCCAUGAUGUUUUUAGAGUACUUUACAAGCAAUUCUUGGACCUGGAGCACUGAGAACAUGACCAUGCUGAUGAACCAGCUGACCCCUGAAGACAAAAAGACAUUUAAUUUUGAUGUUCGACAACUACACUGGGCAGAAUAUAUGGAAAAUUACUGCCUGGGAACCAAGAAAUAUGUGCUGAAUGAAGAAAUGUCAGGCCUCCCUGCAGCUAGGAAACACUUAAAUAAGUUAAGGAACAUUCGCUACGGCUUCAACACGAUUCUCGUGAUCCUCAUCUGGCGCAUCUUCAUCGCCAGGUCACAGAUGGCAAGAAACAUCUGGUACUUUGUGGUCAGCCUGUGUUACAAGUUCCUCUCCUACUUCAGAGCCUCCAGUACCAUGAGAUACUGAGGAAGAGGAUUUAGCAUUAGGACAUCUAUGCAUAUGGUGGUCUAACUGCACAAACCCUGUACCAUGUAGUCAUCUCACAUUUCGUGAAGCAUAAUUUCAUUUUUAAUUGAAGUGAGAAAUAAGCAGUAUGGUAUUUGUAAUGUUAGCUGUGUAUCUUCCUGGAAAUGGAGCAAAUCAAAAGGGCAAGUGCCACACUGAAUUGGCUUAGAAAAGCAUUUAGAUACCUUUAACUCUUUGACCUGAUAUUAGACCACUGACCAACAUAACUGUGCAAUUUGGAACAUGUUUGAUCGGAAUCUGCCUUAACAUGAUUCUUUUUCUUUUAAGUUUUACUCCACAUUGAGCAAGAUAAAUAUUGGCAUAGUAGAUAGUAGUUGCUGUAGAUCUAUUUAUUUGAAAUUCUUCUAAAUUACAAAGGGUUUUGCAAGUUGCAAAAAGUGUACAAAUGACUCUGGAUCUCCUAAAAUAAAACAAUUGAGAAGUUUUGUUAUUUGUCUUUAGGUUUUGCCACUUCUUCCUUUCCCCUCAAAGUAGGGAUGCGACAAUGGUGCCUCCUUGGCUUUAAAAGAAAAAAUAAAUUAAAAAAUGAACCAAUCUUCCUUAUUUACUGAAGGGCCUUCUGUAUAUCUGGGCUUCAGAAUGCACUUUGUGAUUGGGUUCUGUGCUCGAACCUGGCUGUGUCCACUUUGCAUUUGUGUCAGCAUGAACAAUUUGCUAUUCUGAAAGCAAAAUUGAUCCUUGCAUUGAGCAGAUAAAAGGAAGUGUUACCCAGAGAGGGGCAAAUAAAGUCAUUGACUGUCUUCUUUUUAAUAAUUUUUUUUUUUUUGAGAAUACAGAGCCAGCACUUCUUCUGACUUGAAAGGGUAAAUGUUACAAAAAGGAAUUUAUUAUGCUUGGUUGCUAUUUAUAUUGCUGGUAAUGGUAGCUGGACAAGCUGCAGACUUUCAUUAAGAGAUAGACCUGUUUUCUGGCUGUAAGCAAUGUUAGCAAAUACUUCAAGAAUUAGUAUAUUUUUCAAAAUCUCUGAGCUGUUAAAUUUGAUGCAUGGGCAACACCAAUGCACAAGCACACUUUCUCAACCCUGCCCUAGUAAAACCUCAUUUCACUGGGCAAGCAGAGUAAGAUGCACCUUGCUCCAAAAUGAAUAGAUGUUAACAGUUCUUCCAUUGAUCUUUUAACUUAAAUUAUUAGGUUUAAACCUGAAGAAAUAUGGGGUGUUUUUUCUGCAUGUUCCUCUGUUUGAGUAAGGAAGGCAUCUGUAAAAAUGGGAAGUUGUAAGAAAAGCUCGAAUCCUUGUUUCUUCAAUCCAAGGCAAUACAUGAAGAUCCCUUGAAAUUUUGGUUGCACAGAUGUGAGAGCACUGUAGUGUUCCUCUAAUUCAUGCACUGACCAGCACCCUUGCCCAGUGUUUGUUCAUUCAAAUCAGUUUGUACUGAUGAAUUUGUUCUUGAAUCUGCCU